UUGUAGAAUGACGUAAUUUAUGAGUCAGAGGAAAGUAGAAAAGCGCUGUCAACGGUGAAGAGCGAACACUUGGCAUCAGUUGUUUCUCUUGUUUGCAUUUGUGUUGCAGGUGUAGUUCGAAAAUGUCGGCUAUUGAGGUGCAAAGAACCAACGUAGAGAAUAAUCUCCGAAAUUUGAAACUCUCUGGACAUGUAGGCUUUGACAGUCUUCCGGAGCAGCUUGUUAGUAAAUCCAUACAAAAUGGGUUUAUCUUCAAUAUUCUCUGCAUUGGUGAAACUGGACUAGGAAAGUCCACUCUGAUGGACUCUCUGUUCAAUACAAGCUUUGAGUCUACACCGAGUCCACACAAUCUGCCCUCUGUCAAGCUAAAGGCACACACUUACGAAUUGCAGGAGAGCAAUGUGCGAUUGAAGCUGACCAUAGUUGACACAGUAGGCUACGGUGAUCAGAUAAACAAGGAGGAAAGCUACAAGGCUGUGGUGGAUUACAUUGAUGCCCAGUUCGAAGCCUAUCUGCAGGAGGAGCUAAAAAUCAAGAGGUCCCUCAGUGUGUACCACGACACUCGUAUUCAUGUCUGCUUGUAUUUCAUUUGCCCUACUGGUCAUGGGUUGAAAUCGCUGGAUCUGGUGUGCAUGAAGAAGCUAGAUACCAAAGUUAAUAUAAUUCCGAUUAUUGCCAAAGCUGAUACCAUAUCCAAAACCGAACUCCAAAAGUUCAAGUCAAAAAUAAUGCAAGAACUAACGUCGAACGGCGUGGAGAUCUACCAGUUUCCAGUGGACGAUGAAUCGGUUCUGGAAAUCAACAAGUCGAUGAAUUCGCAUGCGCCGUUCGCUGUGGUUGGCAGCACUGACUUUAUCAGGGUUGGCAACAAGAUGCAGAGAACUCGACAGUAUCCAUGGGGCAAUGUACAGGUUGAAAACGAAUCGCACUGUGACUUUGUGAAGUUGAGAGAAAUGCUGAUCAGAACCAAUAUGGAGGACAUGAGGGAGAAAACUCACUGCCGGCACUAUGAGCUCUAUCGCAAGAAACGAUUGGAACAGAUGGGUUUCACCGACGUCGAUUCCGAAAAUAAGCCCGUAAGCUUCCAGCAGACGUUUGAGGCGAAACGCAGCACACACUUGCAAGAGCUGCAGCAGAAGGAGGAUGAAAUGAGACAGAUGUUUGUGUUGAGAGUGAAAGAGAAAGAGGCCGAACUCAAGGAGCAAGAGAGAGAGCUCCAGGAGCGGUUCGACAAGCACAAACGUGGCCACCAGGACGAGAAGAAGAAGCUGGAGGAAGCGAGAAAGAAACUAGAAGAUGAUCUGAUGGAAUUCAACCGACGCAAGUCACAAUUCAGCUACCACACAAUGACACUAGGCAAAAGCAAGAAAAAGUAAAAGCCAAACUGAAAU